GACCAUCAACUAUGGGAGCAACUCCAAUCGAAUGGAAUCAAAUGUAGAAGCCAGUUGGAAAACAGGUCCAUACAGUCUUAUGCUACAGCGAGCAAAGUCCAGGCCUAAGCAAAGUUCUGGUCAAAGGUGGAGCUCGGAGAGAAACAUUUGUCAGAUGUUGAAUUUCUGGUGAUUUCAAACAAAGGCAGACCCAUACUAGGAAGAAAAACAGCAAUGCAGCUUGAAGUACUUGCAAUCAAAGUACCUGAAUCUAAAGUAAAUCUCGUAGAGAGUGAGUUCCAGGAACUGUUCAGUGAUAAAGUUGGAAAAUUGACAAAUUAUUCCGUUGAACUGCAUCUCAAGCCUGAUGCAAAGUUUGUAGCACAACCAUGCAGACAUGUCCCAUACAGUCUUCACAGCAAAAUAGAGGAAAAGCUGACAGAAUUGGAGGAUAUGGACAUCAGUGAGAGAGUGGAAGGUCCAACGCCGUGUCAGCCCGAUUGUUGUCAUUCCUAA